CGCUGGGCAACGCAUCCGGGUCAGCAUUUCGUCGAGAUAUAUCAGAGAAUACUACCUGCGUUACAACUAGCCUCUCUUUUCCUAUGUGAGGAUGGUCCUCUCCUAUGGUACAGUCGCCUGACGUUCAGCGAACGGCGCUUGAACUCUGCAGGUAAAGCCUACCUAGUUCCAACACCAUACUCCACCACUCCACAGGCGCUGGCGCUUGUCAAAACGAACCUCAAGAACCUCUCAAAGGUAAUCACCUUCAUGUUUGCUCCACAAGAUUUUCACAAGAAGCAGAAUUGGGGAACCGCGUAUCACCGGAGGGAAAACAUGCCAUUCUUCCAAGAGCUUCGUACGGAAAACCUUCCAUUUGUUCCACCCAGUUCAGGUAUAGCUAAUCCAAGCAUCGUCCUAUCACGAAGGUUCGACAUCUUUUUCCACAAGACAUUCGCAACGCCUCAUCAGAAUCUCGAUAAGUACUACAGAGCUCUGCUCAUGCUCGCUUCCGUAAUUGGACAUGAAGUAGCUCAUAGCUACAACUUCUUCGUGCAUGGAGCAUAUGGGCCCCUGGAGCCAUUUUGGGAUAUCACCGAGAAAAGCGGAGAGCUAGGGUACUCUUGGCAGUGGAACAUCCUUGGCUGUGUACCAUUACCGAUGGGUAGCAAGGCAGGCGAUGACGAUAAUGGGAGGUUUUAUCCGCUGGCUAUCGUCAAAAUUGAGGAAUAUCAUUCCAAAGCUGAUCAAGAGAGGAUCAUGGGUGCCAUUAAAGCAAGCACGAAUGCUGAGUUCACUCAACGAGAUUCCAGCGGAAAUCGUCGGACCUGGCCAGCGGUAGAUGUUACUAAGUUCCGCGGUUCCACCUGGGGCCCCGAUGAAACUGCGAUGGGUUUCGUGGCUUCUAUCCUGAGCAUCCGUCCGCGCUGGAUCGCGGGGUGGUUUCAGCAGACUUUAUGGAAAAAUAUCAAGACCAAUUGGACGCAGAAGCAAUACUACUUGCCGCCUUCUCUUGGUGAGUGUUUCGUAAUAAUGUACGACAGAAGCGCUUCUGCUACCUACAUCCAGCGACCGCUUCAUCCGGGAAAUGAAGUUGAUGCAAAGAUA